CAACGUCAUUGUCAUAGUGCAUCCAAUCCCUACGAAAGAAGAUGGACGCUCCUUCGUUCAUUGUAAUUUGCACGCUCCUUGGAACUUUCUCGCGAAUCGCGUUCGCCAUCGAAUAUAAUAAUCUGGCAGAUGUCCCGUGCGGUCGUGGAGAAAGCGGAACUCGGACGGCCAGGAUCGUUGGAGGACAAAACGCGGUACCGCGAGAGUUUCCUUGGUUGGUCAGUAUCACGAGAAAAGGUGGCCAUUUUUGCGGCGGUACUAUACUCAAUUCAAGAUUCAUUCUCACUGCCGCUCAUUGUUUAUGCUCGGGUACAUCGACAAUUCCGAUACGUCAAUUACGAGUGACCCUCGGCGAGUAUGACUUGAAAGGCCCGGAAACGCCGGCGGCGAGAGAGGAAAGUGUCAUUAACGCGGUGAUGCAUCCCGGUCACAGGUGUGGCCGAUACGUCGACGACAUUGCCCUGUUAGAAUUGUCGAGGCCGAUUACCUGGUCGGAAAGCGUGAAACCCGUCUGUUUGCCAGCGGCAUCGGGAAAGCCAGGGUAUAGAGCUUUUGGUGGUGAGAACGCAGUAGCCGCUGGUUGGGGUUGGUUUGGUGAAGACAGAUCUAGAUACAAAAGAGCGGACGUGAUGCAGAAAGUAAGCGUUCGAGUGGUAGAGAACAGCAUUUGCCGAGAAUGGUACGCCAGUCAAGGAAAGUCCACGCGCGUAGAAUCGCAACAAAUGUGUGCUGGUCAUCAGGAGGGUGGUCGAGACACUUGUUGGGCUGACAGUGGUGGUCCUCUUAUGGUCGGAAAUCAUCCUGAUAGUAAUACGAUGGUCAUAGGUGUAGUUUCCUCUGGAGUUGGUUGUGCCAGACCACGUCUUCCUGGUAUUUACACAAGAGUCUCUGAAUACGUACCCUGGAUCACGCAACAAAUCACAUUAAAACGAUAAUCCUGAAUAUGCGAGAAAUCAUCGACGUUAUUCUUGAUCUUUAUCAUUUUCUUUAUCAUGCAUUGAAACCGAUUAGAUAAUUGACUAAUCUACUCGAUACUUUUAUUCAUCAUUAUUCAGAUUAUUGAAUCCGAUAGACAAAAUUUGACAUGUGUAUUUGUUCCUAAUAAUUCAUAAGAUAUGAUGAUUUCAUUACCUGUAAUUACAUAUAUAUAUAUAUAUAUAUAUAUAUAUAUAUAUAUAUAUAUAUAUAUGUAUGUAUUAUGAACACUGAGUAUAAUGCGUGAAAUGCUUAGAAUAAUACAAUGUUUUGUUAAGAGUUACUUUGUCGUGCUCUAGUC